CAUGAAUUUACGUUAUCAUAUUUCUUGUAUUGUCCAGAAUUCUUAUAUAUAUAUUAAAGAGGACCAUUUCAUUGAACAGUGAACAUUCUGAUUUUUUGGCAAAAAUGGCCCAUAGGUUUUCAUAUUUUGGGUUGUUCAGAUUUUUGGCAUUAAAAUUUGUGGUAUUGACAAUUUGGUCCCUUAGAAGAGAAGAAUGGAGCUGGUACGUGUCGCUCCCCCGCCUUCCCCCAACGGUUCUGCUUACCUUCCCCCACCUGCUUUCUCAUCCACCUAUGCCCUUUGGGUCGAGAAACGAAGAGCCUCUGUACGACACCGAAGCUUUCCGGUUUACCGGAGGCGCCAAGUUGUUUGAUCGUGAACAGGAAUGGUACACGUUCACCUCCGUGAAGCUGAAUAGUGACGGCCGCAUAGUCGAUUCUGUCUUUCUUUUCGAAUUUGAUGGUGCCAUCGGAGGAUACUUCGAGAGGGCCCUCGAUUUCAUCGAGGGUGUAGGUCAAUCGGGUCAUGAGUUUGGUUUUUUGGAAUUGGGGCUUUCUCAUCCAUCGACGACAUGUUCCUUCAAACUAUUCUUUUAUCAAUUCCACUUUCUGGCUUACGAUCAACCGAAUAGGUCGACGCCUAUUGCUCAUAUUCACAGUCACCGCUUCCACCUCCUAGAUAACAUCGAUGUCUCGACGCACUCGACCCCUAGAUAGCACCCACACCUGCAAUCGGUUCAGAUGAUUACAUGGAUUUUCUCUCCAUCUGUUACGCCAUUGGUUCAAUUUCGUCUAUCAAUGGUUUGGACUCAUGAAUUAAUGGUUGCUCUUCAGGCAGUAUUUUUGCUUUCGUCUAUCAAUGGUUUGGACACAUGAAUUGAUGGUUGCCCACCAACUGUUUGAUAAAAAGUUGGCUCAUGUUUCCUUCAGAUUGUGUCCAUAACUUGGACACUUUGGGCCCACUGAUAGGAACCUACCUUCUUUUAUUUGUAUCUUUUAGUGAAUGGCUUACAGGUGAACAGGUUCUUGGUAAUACUACACAAUAUCACCCCAAGUUAUUGAAUUCAAAGAAGGACAUGGUGUUGUGUCAAGGGAUAAAGCAUUGUAGCAUGCAAGAAGACCAAAAGUUGAUUUGGUUGUGCCGGUGUACCUUGAACAGUGUAGUUAAUUGGUAUCAAGAAGCCAGAAAACAUAAUCAGACGGUGAUCCCGGUCAUGGUUGGCAGCAAGUUUGAUUUUGCUUCUAGGAUUUUGAUUAUUUCUGAAAUCAAUUUCUUGUGGCAACAUCACCACAUUGUAGAUGAUGUGCCGAUAGGGUGAUCCUCGGUUGAAUCAACAAAUGGUUUUCAGGAUGAUCCACAAGAAAGGUGGCAUAUGGAAGCUGUAACAUAAACAGUUCACCUGUUUGCAGUUGUAUGGAAGCGUUUGAACCAAGAAGCUCAAAAGAUUAGAAUGCAGGAGAUUCGUCUUAGGUGUCUUGCUACUCCUUACACUGAUAAGAUCAUUGCUGUAUACAUUUGGAUUGGAGGUUCUGGAACAGAUGUGUGCACGAAGUCAAGGAUAUACACUCUAGAAGGAUUUGCCUGGAUUACCGGUCGAAGUGGAGCAUCCUUCAGGGGCUGAUUCGAGAUUUGCCUGGAUUACCAGUCGAAGUGAAGUUUGACCCGAAAGAUCAAGAAGUUAUUGAGCAUUUGAAGGCUAAGGUUGGGUGUGAUACAAAUGAGCUUCACCCCCUUAUUGACCAAUUCAUUCAAAUGACCCUUUGAAGCGAACAUUGCACAUAUAUUGCUCCAGAUUAUAAGUGGAGUAUCAUAAUCUUCAGCUGAUUGUAGAACUCAAGUGGAAUGGUUGGAAGAAUGCGUUGAAGACCUAAUAAGAAUAACUUGAAGAAUGAAUAAAGUUUGAUCA